GGCAUCCUCCCUCCCACAUCCUGCGGGCUCUCCAAGGCCUUUCUAUGCUGUAGUGCAUCUCCCAUUCAGACCACUGCGUCGGCUCUCUGUCCUCUGCUCUGACUUCCCUCCAGCCUGCUCUCCACAUGGCAGCCAGAGAAAGCUUUCAAAAGGUGGAACUACACGUCCACCUAGAUGGAGCCAUCAAGCCCGAAACCAUCUUAUAUUAUGGCAAGAAAAGGGGCAUUGCCCUCCCUGCCAACACACCUGAGGAGCUGCAGAACAUCAUCGGCAUGGACAAGCCGCUCAGCCUCCCAGAAUUCCUGGCCAAGUUCGACUACUACAUGCCUGCCAUCGCGGGCUGCCGGGAGGCCAUCAAAAGGAUUGCCUACGAGUUCAUGGAGAUGAAGGCCAAGGAGGGCGUGGUGUACGUGGAGGUGCGCUACAGCCCACACCUGCUGGCCAACUCCAAGGUGGAGCCCAUCCCCUGGAACCAGGCCGAAGGGGACGUCACCCCGGAUGAGGUGGUGGCCCUAGUGGACCAGGGCCUGCAGGAGGGAGAGCGAGACUUCGGGGUGAAGGUGCGGUCCAUCCUGUGCUGCAUGCGCCACCAGCCCAGCUGGUCCCCCGAGGUGGUGGAGCUGUGUAAGAAGUACCAGCAGCAGACCGUGGUGGCCAUCGACCUGGCUGGGGAUGAGACCAUCCAAGGCAGCAGCCUCUUCCCAGGACAUGUGCAGGCCUACGAGGAGGCCGUGAAGAGCGGCGUUCACCGCACGGUCCAUGCCGGGGAGGUGGGCUCGGCGGAGGUGGUGAGAGAGGCCGUGGACACGCUCAAGACGGAGAGGCUGGGCCACGGCUACCACACCCUGGAGGACGAGGCCCUUUACAACAGGCUGAGGCAGGAAAACAUGCACUUCGAGGUCUGCCCCUGGUCCAGCUACCUCACCGGCGCCUGGAAGCCGGGCACGGAGCAUGCGGUUGUUCGGUUCAAAAAUGACCAGGCGAACUACUCACUCAACACGGACGACCCACUCAUCUUCAAGUCUACCCUGGACACAGAUUACCAGAUGACCAAGCAGGACAUGGGCUUCACUGAAGAGGAGUUUAAGAGACUGAACAUCAACGCAGCAAAGUCCAGUUUCCUCCCAGAAGAUGAGAAGAACGAGCUUCUUGAGCUGCUCUAUGAAGCCUAUGGGAUGACAUCUCCGGCCUCGGCAGGGCAGCAUGCAUGAAGACAUGGUGGCCAUCUCUCUGAGCCCUCACCCUGUGGAUGGAUACGUCACUACUCUGGGGUCAAGCGACACGCUCCCCUUUACUCCUUCCAGGGAGACCAUGAUUUCCAAAGUCAGCUACUGAUACUCUGAAGCCUGUGUGCCUAUUUCUGUACACAUGUAUACCUCAGCAGGGCCGGGUCCCUCCUCUGAUUGUGUGCCCGGGCCUGGAUCAGGGCCUGGGUCUGGGAUUGGCUGAGUCUGAAUCUCUCCCCUGUGGUGACUUAGGAUGAAAAUCUGGUGCUCAAUAAAGAAGCCAAUGGCUGGGGUCGUGCAA